UGGGCACUUCCUGUGUUUAUGUAGGGCCGGGCGGGCGGCACCGGCGGCGGCACCGGGAGCAGCGGCAGSGGCGGGGAGCGGCGGCCGCCAUGGCCGUGUCCGAGAGCCAGCUCAAGAAGAUGCUCACCAAGUAUAAGUAUAGAGACCUAACUAUACAGGAGACAACCAGUGUUAUCACUCAGUACAAGGACCUCAAACCUGUCAUGGAUUCAUAUGUUUUUAAUGAUGGUUCAUCUAGGGAGUUGAUGAGCCUCAGUGGAACCAUUCCUGUGCCUUACAGAGGUAACACAUACAAUAUCCCAAUUUGCUUGUGGCUGCUGGACACCUACCCUUUCAACCCCCCGAUUUGUUUUGUUAAACCCACUAGCUCUAUGACAAUAAAAACUGGGAAGCAUGUUGAUGCAAAUGGAAAGAUAUACCUUCCCUACCUGCAUGAGUGGAAAUAUCCCCAGUCAGACUUGUUGGAGCUGAUCCAGGUCAUGAUUGUUGUGUUUGGAGAGGAACCUCCAGUCUUUUCUCGGCCCACUGCUUCCUCCAGCUACCCACCAUAYCAGGCAACAGGCCCACCCACCACUUCCUAUAUGCCAGGAAUUCCAGGUGGAAUAUCUCCCUAUCCACCAUCAAGCACUCCAAACCCAAGCAGCUACCCAAACUAUCCUUACCCAGGUGGUGUUCCAUUUCCAGCAACCACUAGUGUUCAGUACUACCCUUCUCAGCCUCCUGUCACCACUGUUGGACCCAGCAGAGAUGGCACCAUCAGCGAGGACACCAUCCGAGCGUCCCUCAUCUCRGCGGUCAGUGACAAACUGAGAUGGCGGAUGAAGGAGGAGAUGGAUCGUGCACAAGCUGAACUCAACGCCUUGAAACGCACAGAAGAGGACCUGAAGAAAGGGCACCAGAAACUGGAAGAGAUGGUWACUCGCCUGGACCAGGAAGUGGCUGAAGUUGACAAGAACAUUGAACUUCUCAAAAAGAAGGAUGAGGAGCUCAGUUCUGCCUUAGAGAAAAUGGAAAGUCAGUCAGAAAAUAAUGACAUAGAUGAAGUUAUUAUUCCUACAGCACCACUUUACAAACAGAUCCUGAACUUAUAUGCAGAGGAAAAUGCAAUUGAAGACACCAUCUUCUACCUUGGGGAAGCAUUGAGACGUGGAGUGAUAGAUUUAGAUGUCUUUUUAAAGCAUGUACGUCUUCUGUCUCGCAAGCAGUUCCAGCUGAGGGCAUUAAUGCAGAAAGCAAGGAAGACUGCUGGACUCAGUGAUCUCUACUAAAUUCCCAGACUUUACCUGGGAAGUUAGAUCUCCUUAUAAAGCAGCCAUUCUCUUGAUCUUUCUCUUAAUCAGUAGGUGCCCAGAGUAAGUUAUUACAUCAUUCAAGUGUAAGAUAUUUUGAAUCAAUAAUAUAUUUUCUUUUUGGUAAAGACUAGCUUUUAUUAAUGCACUUUCUAUCUCCUGUAAUCUUUGUGCUGGUGGACUUAACGCUGAAUAAAACUUGUUGCAUAUUUUCUUCCUCUACAAAACUGUGUAUGAUGUGCUUUCUUUUCAAACAGGGCCUGUCAUGCAAUGUCAGCUUAACCAUACUUGCACUUGUGAGAUCUGGAAGAUGUUUUGCCAAACUGGAAAAGUUCACAUYUAUUAUGAUCAGUGAGACUGAAAACUCAAAAGGUUCUUGUUCUCAGCUCCAUAACCAGCAUGGCUUAAGACUGAGCCUUUGCCUUAAGGCUUUUCAUGCCUUAAGUUCAUUUUUAAAAACUGGGUGAGACUUACAGAACUACCUAACUGUCUGAAGCCUCCAGCAUAGCUGCACACAUGACAUUAUUACAGAGGUGAUGUUUGAUUUAGUGUGACUUGAAAAAUAGAAUUGAUUGAGGGGGGUGGGAAUGGAGGUGCAGGUGGGAGGCAAAGCCCUAUAAAGAAAAACAAGGAGACAGAAAUAACAGUUUGUGGUUUAUUUGGUGUUGUAGUUGGUGCUACAGUUGGACAGUCACUGUCUUGUUGCACAUAGAGAUUUUAACAUUUUUUUAAACAUGCUCAGGAGACAGAACUUACGACUAGACUGAUAUAGUACACAAAAAUAAGGUUCUCUAAGAAAAUAAUAUCCACAAAAAUUCCAAAGCAGUGUUAGGAAAAUACACUUGGACCUAUCAACAGUGAAAUAUUUAAGCUAUUCAGCUGGCAGAGAAGGUUGGUCAAUUGGCUUGACAAUCCUUUAACUUCAAGAAAAGUCUUUGGUUUCACACUGUAGCAAUUACUUCUUAUUCCUUUGACCCAACAUGAUACAAGAUGAGGAAAA